CCACGUGGCUGCAAUCGUAUAUGAGGCCUGUUCUUUUCAGUUAAAUUUCUUGCACGAUUCAUCUUUUCUCUUUUUCUCUCUAACAUGGAAAGAAAAGGAAGAAAGAUGAACUGUGCAAAAAGUUCAGCCGAAAGGAACAGCCUAUGAACUGGCAUCCCUGUCGGAUGCAGAUCCGACAUUGCAGAAAUGAGUCUUUUCGCCGAUCAGCUGUUUUGCAACAUCGCCAUAUUCUGAACGACUCGUGCAGAUGUGCGAUAAAAUCACGAUCAAAUAUAUUAUCGAUGAUAAUGAUAAAUAGUUACUCGUAAACUGAGUAUCGCAAAUGUACUGAGUACGAAUGAUCGAAUGAGUCGCGACGAAAAUGCUAUCGAGUGAUAUUUUAUUCGCAGACGAAUUAUGAGGAUUUUACGGUAUUAUUCGUGUAAUGGAGAAUCCAUCGACAAAUACGACAAAUGAUGAUGAUUCUCUCGUCAAAUUUUAAUUAGCGGACGAAGUUAAUAUUUUAUCACAUGGACAAUUCAUGACGCCUGGAUUUAUCGAUGGCCAUACUCAUGCAGUUCAAUUCCCAAAUCUGGGACUGGGUUAUAAUAAGUGUCUUUUAGAUUGGUUGGAAACUUACACUUUUCCAAUUGGAAAAAGAAUAUAUUGAUAUGAAAUUUGCAAAGAACGUGUUUGAAGCAGUUGUGAAACGAACCAUAGGGAUGGGAACAACGACAGCAUGUUACUUUGCAUCUUUAUAUGCUGAGGCAUCAAUGAUCCUUGCGGAGAAGGCUGCGGAAUUGGGUCAACGAGCUUUCAUCGGGAAAGUAAAUAUGAACACUCCACGUGACGAUGGAUAUUGCGAAAGCACUGAGAAGUCAGUCAAAGAUACCUUAGCUUUCAUAAAGUCUAUUGAAAGAAUAGGGACUCUUUUCAGACGUUUCAGGUGGAGUUAG